GAGUGAAAGAAAUGGCCAAGAUUUCUUGGAUAUUCCUUUUCAGUUUGGUCUGCAACAGCUGCAGUGUUCCAAUUUCUAAGCCCACCAUCCAGCCUUUGAAGCCACUGGUGGAACGUGGAGGCACCAUUCAGCUGAUCUGUUCCAUGGACUGUACGGAAGCUGAAGUGCAGUGGGAAGGCUUGGACACUGACUUGGGAAACAUCGUUUCAAACCACACGCGGAGCAUCCUAACGCUGAGCAAUGCAACCAUUAACAUGGAGGGGACAAAGAUGUGCUCAGGAUGGUGCCAAGAGACGUCCUAUCUGGCCACGGUGGAGCUGAAUGUAUAUUCUUUUCCAGAUACUUUGCAGUUGGACUCCCAGCCCAAGAUGCUGACCAUUGGGCAGCCAGCUCGCUUGCUGUGUUCCAUGAGUCACGUCUACCCCCACGGUGCCCUUAGACUGAGCUGGUUCCAGGGAGAUGAACAACUGGAGGCUUCCAAGGAGAUGGAAGAGGAAGAAAUGGAGGACUCAGAAGACCAGCUGUUUGUCUACCACUCUGAACUGGAGAUCCCGAGGGUGGCAGAAGAUGUAACUUACAAAUGCAAAGCAACCCUGGAGGUAGAAGGGAAGAUCUUUGUCCAGGAGAGGGUUGCUAUCGCCAUCGCCAGCCCAAAACCUACGCAGGAGUUUCUCGGUGCUACUGAGAGCAUCGCCCUUACUCCCACAUCUGGAAGGACAAGUCCAACAUCUGCUGCAGAGCAACUCACCACAGCUGAUUGGAAGUCCUCAGUUGGGACAACCACCAGCCUUCUCCGACUUGUUUCCAUGGAGCAUACCAGCUCUAGGACAACUGUGGUUACACCAACAGCUGCCCCCAUGCUGGAAUCCCUAACUGAAGAUCACAGAUCCAUCACAGCGGUCAACAACUCCACUGGAUCUUCUUACCUAACAGACCAAGAAUUAACGACCAAGCCUCUUUCCACGACCAACCGUUUCUUGACACAAAUGACCACAAAAGGACGACCAAAACAGGACACCUGCCGUGCCACGAUUGUACUUGUGCCUGCCGAAGGGAUCGUGGGAGGCGCCCUUCGCAUCACAUGCCGGGCAGAGAACUGCAGCAGAGAUGUCAAAAUCUGGUGGCUAGAAACCCCAGUGGCCGAAUCGCGGUACCGUCUGGAGGAAGCCCAGGGCCGGUCGACCCUGACGGUUGAGAGUGUCCGCUUGGAGCACCAGGGGAUCUAUCGAUGUGCUGCAUCUGCCAGCUUACUCCAAGUAGCAAGCGUGCGUGUCGUGGUGUUUGCGGACACUGUCAAGACAGAUGCCCUGUUCACCAUCGGAGCCACUGGAUCCCUCUUUGGACUGAUCAUCACUGGCUACAUCACUCAUCGAUGGCGGCAACGGCGGCAAUGGUGAACAAGCGAAAGCCU